CUGGCGGCUGGCACAGCAGUGGCAGAGCAAGCCUCCUCUCGGCCUCACAGGGCUGGUGCUGCUUCCGCAUCACGCUUGUCCAGUUGCCCUAGUGACUGUGUGACCCUUCUCCCCCGCCCAUGCUGCCACCAGCCCUAUAAAUAGAGGCAAGGAGCAGCUGGGCUCUCUUGGCAGUCACCAUGAGGGCGCUGGUUCUGCUCUGCUGCUUUGUGGCGUCGUUCCUGCUCCCAGGACAAGCAGAACUGCAAGUUUCUGCUUCGGGUGGCACAGAAGAUGUUGGCAAUUUGUUGGAGAAUCAUUUCUCUGCUGGAGAUGCAAGUCUAGAGGAGAAGGAAAGGGCGCUUCUUGCAGAGGCGGCCCCUCAAGAGAAGAACCUGCUCCUUCACUCCCCAGAUGGCAGGGAGGCUGAGAGCUCGGAAAAGACUGCCACAGGGGCCUCCACCGCUGCCCCCAGCCCAGGCUCUGAUCCUGAAGCCAGCCUCUCCAAUGCCUCAGCCUCAGCUGCCCCGGGGGACCCUGUGGAGCUACCAGGAGCAAACUCCUUCACUCCGGAAGGGGAGCGGGGAACUGGGGAAGAAGGGAGGCCAGAGCUCAGUUUGAGAGAGGGCCCAGCAGAGGAGGCAGAAGGACAGGCUGGGAGUGGCGUGGUCCCUGAGGAGGCCAAAGAGGUCCUAGGGGACAACCCUGUACGGGGAGCAGCUGUGGGCACUGCAGAGCCUGAAGGCACAGGGACCUUUCCUGUGGAGGUAGAGACAGCAGGCGAGGGCAUCCCAGGGCCUGAUCAGGGGCCAGAAAGGCCAGCUGGAGUCAUGGACGUGGACAUAAAAGCCAGGGAGGGGCCUGAGGACCAGGGGGAACCCAGCCCAGCUGUGGAGACAGGGGGCACCAAGGAGGACCAUCCCCCAGAGGGCCAAGUGCCAGGGACGUUGGAGGAGGAUUUAAAAGCUGUGUCUUCUGAGGAAGAGGGUGGUGGCCUCAGCAGAGGCGAGGAAGGAGGAGAUCCAUCCCAAGAAGAAUCAGAAGAGGACAACGACCACGGGGCUAGUUCAGAGGAAGCAGGGGACACCUCCGAGGAAGCGGGGGAACACCAGGAAGCAGCAGGAACCCCAAGCCGUGGGGAUGAGGGGGCCCAGCUGAGCUUCGAUGAACUGAAUCCAGGGCCUGAGGGGGACGAGGUCCCAGAGGCCGAGACAGAGGAGCCCAUGGAGGGGCCUCAGGAAGAGGCAGAGGAUGUGAGUGAAGAAGCCCCACUGAGGGACCGCUCCCACAUUGAGAAAACUCUGAUGCUGGAUGAGGACAAGCCAGCUGACGAUUAUUCUGUGGUCCUGCAGCGGCUUAGAAAGAUCUACCAUUCGUCCAUCAAACCCCUGGAGCAGUCGUACAAGUACAACGAGCUCCGGCAGCACGAGAUCACAGAUGGGGAAAUCACUUCUAAGCCAAUGGUGUUGUUUAUCGGACCGUGGAGCGUCGGUAAAUCCACCAUGAUAAACUACCUCCUUGGGUUGGAAAACACUCGCUACCAGCUUUAUACAGGCGCUGAGCCCACCACCUCUGAGUUCACGGUCCUCAUGCAUGGGCCCAAGCUAAAGACCAUUGAGGGUAUUGUCAUGGCUGCUGAUAGUGCCCGGUCCUUCUCACCCCUCGAGAAGUUUGGCCAGAAUUUCCUGGAAAAGUUGAUUGGCAUCGAAGUUCCACACAAACUUCUAGAGCGGGUCACUUUUGUGGAUACACCAGGCAUCAUCGAGAACCGCAAGCAGCAAGAAAGAGGUUACCCCUUCAACGAUGUGUGCCAGUGGUUCAUUGACAGAGCCGACCUCAUCUUUGUCGUCUUUGACCCAACCAAACUAGACGUGGGUCUGGAGCUGGAGAUGCUAUUCCGCCAGCUGAAGGGGCGGGAAUCCCAGAUAAGGAUCAUCUUGAACAAGGCCGACAACUUGGCCACACAGAUGCUCAUGCGGGUCUACGGGGCUCUCUUUUGGAGCUUGGCCCCACUCAUCAAUGUCACUGAGCCCCCAAGGGUCUACGUCAGCUCCUUCUGGCCACAAGACUAUAAGCCCGAUACCCACCGGGACCUGUUUCUCAAGGAAGAGAUCUCCCUCCUGGAAGACCUGAACCAGGUGAUUGAGAACAGGUUGGAGAACAAGAUUGCCUUCAUCCGCCAGCAUGCCAUCCGUGUCCGCAUCCAUGCCCUCUUGGUUGAUCGCUAUCUGCAGACAUACAAGGACAAAAUGACCUUCUUCAGUGAUGGAGAGCUGGUCUUUAAAGACAUUGUGGAAGAUCCUGAUAAAUUCUAUAUCUUCAAGACCAUCCUGGCAAAGACCAACGUCAGCAAAUUUGACCUUCCCAACCGUGAGGCCUAUAAGGACUUCUUUGGUAUCAACCCCAUUUCUAGUUUCAAGCUCCUGUCCCAGCAGUGUUCUUACAUGGGGGGCUGCUUUCUGGAGAAGAUUGAGCGGGCCAUCACCCAUGAGCUCCCAGGCCUCCUGGGAAGCCUGGGGUUGGGGAAGAAUCCAGGUGCUCUCAACUGUGACAAAACAGGGUGUGGCGAAACCCCAAAGAAUCGCUAUAGGAAACACUAGGUUGUUGUGUGGCCAUUUUCGGGUUCCUGUUGGUGAAUGAGCUUGUGUCCUAACUGUCUGAGAAGUCCUGGUUUAUUAGCCCUUUGAGCCACACUGACAAGAGUCAUCAAACAUUGGAGAUUUGGGAGUUGAGGCCAGUGGUGGGGGAAAGUGUGGGUCGAGGGAGGAGACUGGAAACUGUGAAUUAUAGUGUGCUUGUCUCACUGCUUCAGUUAGGGGGCCUGACUGAGGCAAGUCAGGCCACACUUGCUUUUCCUGGGUCCUAUCUUGGAGGGACAAAGAGCAGCUAAAUUUUAGUGUCUACUGAAUUAAUGAGCAUUAAAUAAGCUAAAGGCAGGUGAAGUCUUUUUCACCCUAUAAGCUGACAAAAGAGAAGACUUGAGUUCUGUAGGACUGCCCAGGUCCAUGGUGGCUGCCUUUCACACACAGUCUUCUGUUUGUCCCCCAGCCCUCAGCUGUCUCCUAAACUUGGGUUGACUUAAACAGGGCACAAUCUCUUGGGCCUGAAUCAACCUGGGUUCUGAGCCUACCCCCAGGCUCUCUUCCCUGUUUCCUCCAGGGAUAGGGGUAAUGGGUUAGGAUACCAGAACACUAAGAAAAAAAUAAGAGUUCCCAUGCUAAGAGAAGGAUCUGCCUCCCCCAUGCCAUUUCUCUGAUGUGGUCUUCUAAGCCAGCUGGGAAGCUGGGGUCCCUUUAUUUGCCCAGAAAGGAGGGUCAGUGUUCUGUGUAUUCAGGUAAUUCACUGGAAGCAACUUCAGUGACUGUACUGGAAGGGCUCAGAGGGUUAAUUGGUUUGCAGUGUGUCUUUGUCUAUUGCAUGUCUUGGAAAACUUGGACCCCAAAGGCAUUGGGUUUCAGAAAGGACAGUGGAGACCUUGCUCCUUUUCACCGGGGACUUCUCUGGGCAGUCCACCUCUCCAAAUGUAAGAGGAGGCUGUUUCUACAACUUCUCUGUGGAGGCAUUCAGCAAAAGAAUCGUUCCUUCCUGGUUUUCAUCAAUGUGGCUUUUCCUUUCCCUUCUUCUCCAUUCCCUGAUGUGCCAACACUCAAAACUCACAGGAGUCAGAACCAGCACCAGCCACUCAGUGUCAGUGGCAACCAAGGCUUAACCUUCAGUUUCCUACUUGAACUUGAUGCUGAUACCCACUGGAUGCACCGCAGGAAAGCCUGGGCCUUCAAAUACCAGUAAGUGUGGAUAUGUGUGUAUUAUGUUGUCCAAGAGAGAUUAGGGAAAUAGCAAAUGCCAGAGGGCAUAGCGAGAGAACUUGUGAGAGUCCUGCCUGGCUGGUGUGCCACCCUGGAGGGUAGUGAGGGACAGAGGAUGGAGGAAGGACCCUGGAAGGAAGAAGCCAUUUGACGAAAAGUGGGUGAGUGAACAGUCUGUGCAAAUCCUGGAGACCUGGCCCAGGGCUGCUCUCAAGGCUGCCUGCUUGGGAGCUUUACCAGGAGGCAUGGGUCAGGACCUGCCAGCAUCAGGAAGCCAUCUUGGUGCAGAAGGAAAGUGAAAAUGAAGGCAGAGGAAGAGCACUCAGGAUUAGGCAGUGGAAAUAGAUUGGCAAUCAGAUUAGGUCCAUGCGGAGAACUGCAACUUCGGAAUUCCUGUUUCUCAGAGUUAUUAGCACUGUGGUGCAUGCUGCAGAAGAGGCUGCUACUUUUGGUUUUGUGGAGGACCUGGAACCUCCCACAAGCAAGCCAGAGGUCCCAAAGCCUCCAGGACAUUGUUUCUAAGGACAGAACCAACCAGAAAAGAAAAAGAGUCUGCUAGGGGUCUCCAAGGAGCCUGGUGACAGGGCCUGAUGAUCUGCUUUUCGUCUCAUCAAGAACCAACCCUUCAUCUCUCUGUCAUUUACCCUCUCGAGAGUCUGCCCUCCCUCCCGAGAGUCUGCCCUCCCUCCCACCUUGCUCCUUAAUGCCCCUUAAUGCACUUCAGCUCCUCUUGGCAUAUCUGUGUUUCUCAGUGCAGUAGGGGAAAUAAAAUGUACAGAACUAUAUGGGCAUUGUCAUAGCUGCCGAUGUCACCAUUGCUUUGGAGGAAGAAGGUGGAAUAAGGCUAAUACAUUCACACAAUAUUUAUUAUUUUCAGGAGGUGACGUUAUCAGUGUGAUUUCCCCCCUUUUCUUUUAUCUACCCAUUUUCCUUUUCUUACUCCCGUUCCUCUGCUCACUCUUUGACUUACCGUUUUUCUAACUGCCCGCAGGCUUGUCCACCAGUCAGCUUGGACUUUAAGAGCUGUUUGGUGCCCCACUGUGUGAAAGUGGAUUUUAAGCAGAAUUUUGACUUUUUUAGGGGUGGGUGGAUGGGUGGGUUGAGAGCUGGGAGAAAUUUAGGAUCCAGAGAUCUCUCAAGAGGAGUAUCUGUAACUAUUUGUGCCUAAACAGUUGCUGUUUCUCUCCAAAGUGGAACCUUUCCGGUGUUCUUUCCAUUCUGAUUUCAUCAGGGAGAAAGUCUCAAUAAAGUUCCAAUCUCUCUUUAA